AUGGGGUUUUCAAGCCCAACAGCAAACCUUGAGACCUCACAAGCCACUCAGACCAGCAGUACCAACUAUGGCAAGUCACCAACUAGUUUCACUACUAUCACUCAAGUUAUCCUGGUGGGAUGUCUUGCCCUGGUCUCUCUCACUGGAAAUUCAACUGUUUGUAUUCUGAUGAAAAGGUUCAAAUCCAUCCGUACCAUUCCUAACAUGUUCCUGGCAAACCUGGCCAUCGUGGAUAUGUUCAAUAUCCUAAUCAAUCUUCCACUCUUUACCAUUGUUGGCGUUCUUGAGUUUGAAGAGACGUUACAUGGUAGAUGGGUGUCGUUAGCAGUAGCAAGUGCACAAAACCUCUUCAACGUGUUAAAAAUCACGAGUAUGGUAGUGACCAUGACCGAUCGAUACAUUGCGAUAUCCUGGGGGCUGCGAUACUACAUCAGGAAGACCAAAGCCAAGGCUGCAAUAGCCCUAUGUGUGGUAUGGCUGUUAUCCAUCACUAUUACUCUACCAUGGGUAAUCUUGGCUAGUCAGAUUGAUCUUGGUGACGUCCCCACUUACAAGUAUCGGAUAGCCUACUUCAACGAGAUUAGUAGGACUGCUUCCUUUUUCAUCUACUUAAUGUUCGGCUUGGUGACCACACUUCUGUCCGUGUUGACAUAUUGCAGUUAUAGACUCAAAUCAAAGAGUUUUGCAAAGCUGUGCAAGGAAAAACACGAUUCCCAAGAGACUCAGCUAGACAGGGCCCGAACACGAAGCGAAGUACAAGCCGCCUGGACCAUUGGCCUCACCAUAGCUGCUUAUAUCCUUUGCUAUGUGCCUUGCAUCUUGUACGCUGCGGUUGGUCCAAAAGAAUUGCUGAAUUCCAAUGAGAUCAAGUGGUUCGGUUUUGCUGCCCCCUAUUUCCUGUACUUCUCUAGUGGAUGCAAUCCAUUGAUCUAUCUUGUACGAACAACCAGGUUUCGAGCGGCCGUCAAACAGCUUUUAAAGAAUCCCUUUGGAUCAGAUGACGUCAAUCUGGAAAAGCCAAGAGGUUUAAUCAACAAUGUUUACAAGGUAAAAGGCGUAUUCAAACAACAUCGCCGUAUUGAAAUUACUCCACUCCCUGCAUCUUUGAAGAAGCAGAACUUCAUGACUUUGAAUGUAAGAAAGGGUGUUAAAUGA